AUGAAUAAUACAGCAUGGCCAUCCUCCUUAGAAUCAAUGGAAGAAAGCGAAGUAGAUGUCGAUAAGUUAGAGUUUAAGAAGUCAGUUGUUGUAAAUGCAACUGUUGAAAAUAGCCAAAAUGAAAACGAUUUGAUCACAAGAUACUCCUCAUUCAUGCAUUUAGAAGUCGUUUCUGAGUUAACAACAGAAGCUUUUCUAGCCUGUUUACGACGAUUUUUGCCAGAAAGAUCCAAACCAGCCGUUAUCUGGAGCGAUAACGCCACGAAUUUCAAAGGUGCGAGAAAUAUUCUUAACGCAUAUAAUGAUAUUUGCAAAUCUAACCCAAUUCAAGGAUUUAGUGCAGAAGAAGGCAUCCAAUGGAAAUUUAUCCCACCAGCUUCUCCUCACUUUGGCGGACUGUGGGAAGCAAACAUAAAAUCAGUGAAACGGAUUUUGUUAAGGGUAGCAAAAUCAGCUAUCAUGAAUUUUGAAGAGUUAACUACUUUAGUUACUCAGAUAGAAGCAGUUCUGAAUUCCCGUCCAUUAUCACCACUUUUUUCUGAUCCGAGUGACUUACAGCCUUUAACUCCGGGACAUUUUUUAACAGGAAGUGCUAUGUUAUCCUUUCCUGAACCACAUACUGCUUCGGAUUCUCUUUCUUUUCAUUCCACGUGGGAACUACUUCAGAGACACCAAGCCAAAUUCUGGAAAAGGUGGCAUUCCGAGUAUCUUAAUCAACUACAGAAUCGUGCCAAAUGGAGCAGUUCGCAGCCAAACAUGCAGAUUGGUCAACUAGUACUGCUGAAGGACUCCAACUCCAAUCUUUUGCAUUGGCCACUAGGACGUAUCCAGCAAGUGCAUCCUGGAGCUGAUGAUCUGGUCAGAGUAGUUGAAGUUAAAACCUCUACAGGUGUUCUUCGGCGAGCCAUCAACAAAAUUAUUCCUCUACCAUUUAAAGACUGA